CCCUAACGUUAGACAAAACCAAGAAAACCGCACUUCUUACCUCAACCUUGUACAAAUUUGUUCAAGAAUGCGAUCUCAGCUUCGAAAAUGAAGCUAAUCUCAGCGGCUUUAAGUUUCUUCACAAAAAUGCUUUUAUCUCUUCGCAGUCUCUUCCACAUCAACCGCAGAAUCCCUGUCUGUUUCCGAGUAAGCCACCCUUUUCCUCUCUUUCAAAACUCUCGACCGCUCAACUUUUUCCCACCUUCAAAUAACUCUAUUAUUGUUUGCCCUUUUGUUUUAUUCACUAAUUUUUUCUACAUGAUAAAGUUCCCAUUUGGGACAAAAUGUAAUAGUAAUACCCAUAUUUUCCUAGAUGAUUUUAAUAGGGAAUCCAUGCGUAAAAUCAUUCAACAAGACCAGUGGAAUGACCCAAAGAUUGCAACUUUGUUUGAUUCAAGCUUGUCACCCAUUUGGGUUUCUAAGAUUUUGGUUGGUUUAAAGCAGGAGCCUAAAUUGGCAUUGAAAUUCUUCAGAUGGGCGAAAACCCAUAAAGGGUUCGGCCAUACAAGUGAAUCUUAUUGUAUAUUAGUUCACAUUUUGUUUUAUGGUAGAAUGUAUUCUGAUGCUAGUGCUAUCCUUAAGGAAUUCAUUUUGUUGAGACAGAGGGUAGUCUUGCCGGGUUGUGAUUUUUUUGAUGUUUUGUGGUCUACAAGGAAUGUUUGCCGAUAUGGAUUUGGGGUGUUUGAUGCUUUGUUUAGUGUUUUGGUUGAUUUGGGAAUGCUUGAGGAGGCUAGCCAAUGUUUUUCAAAAAUGAAGAGGUACAGGGUUUUGCCUAAAGUUCGUUCUUGUAAUGCUCUUUUGCAUAGGCUUUCUAAGGCAGGGAGGAGGGAUCAAUCUAGGAGGUUUUUUGAGGAAAUGAUUGGGGCUGGGGUUGCUCCAUCAGUAUUCACAUACAAUAUACUGAUAGAUUAUAUGUGUAAAGAAGGGGAAUUGGAUACUGCAAGAAUGUUAUUUGGACAAAUGAAACAGACUGGCUUAACUCCGGAUAUUGUCACAUAUAACUCCCUUAUUGAUGGAUAUGGAAAGGUUGGAUUAUUGGAUGAAAUGAUUUUCUUAUUUGAAGAGAUGAAGAGUGUAGAGUGUGCGCCUGAUAUAAUUACAUACAAUGCCUUAAUAAACUGUUUUUGCAAAUUUCAGAGGAUGCUUCAGGCUUUUGAGUUUUUUCGUGAAAUGAGGAAUAAGGGGUUGAAACCAAAUGUUGUAACUUAUAGCACAUUAAUUGAUGCUUUUUGCAAGGAAGGGAUGAUGCAACAAGGGAUUAAAUUUUUAGUUGAUAUGAGACGGGUUGGUCUUUUACCUAAUGCGUUCACAUAUACUUCUUUAAUUGAUGCAAAUUGUAAAGCUGGCAGUCUAACCGAAGCAUUGAAGCUAGCUAAUGAGAUGUUGCAGGAAAAUGUUGACUUGAACAUUGUUACAUAUACAACUAUAAUUGAUGGCCUUUGUGAAGCAGGGCAAACAAAGGAAGCAGAGGAAAUUUUUAGGGCAAUGCUGAAAGCUGGAUUAACACCUAAUGUGCACAUUUAUACUGCCCUUGCUCAUGGCUACAUGAAAGUUAAAAAGAUGGAGCAUGCCUUGAAUCUAUUGAAAGAAAUGAAGGAGAUAAGCAUUAAACCUGAUCUGUUGCUGUAUGGAACUAUCAUUUGGGGCCUAUGCAAUCAGGAUAAGAUUGAAGAAACUAAAGUUGUCAUGAGUGAAAUGAAGGAAUCCAGACUGAGUUCAAACCCUGUCAUAUACACUACAGUCAUGGAUUCUUAUUUUAAGGCUGGUAAAACCACCGAGGCAUUGAAUCUGCUAGAAGAAAUGUGGGACCUGGGCAUUGAAGUUACAGUUGUGACUUUUUGUGUAUUGGUUGAUGGUUUGUGCAAAACAGGAUUGGUCCUGGAGGCAAUUAAUUAUUUCAAUAGAAUGCCAGAGUUCAAUUUGCAACCUAACGUCGCAGUUUAUACGGUAUUAAUUGAUGGCCUUUGUAAGAAUAAUUUCGUUCAAGCAGCCAAAAAUAUGUUUGAUGAUAUGCUAAGCAAAAAUUUGGUUCCAGAUAAAACUGCUUACACUGCUUUGAUAGAUGGGAAUUUAAAGCAUGGAAAUUUUCAAGUAGCUUUGAAUUUGCGGAAUGAAAUGAUUGAAAUGGGCAUGGAGCUUGAUUUGCCGGGUUACACUUCCCUUGUUUGGGGUUUAUGCCAAUGUGGUCAGUUACAGCAAGCAAGAAAAUUUCUGGAUGAGAUGAUCAGGAAGCAUAUCCUUCCUGAUGAGAUUCUUUGCAUUGGUGUAUUAAGGAAGUGCUAUGAGCUAGGACAUGUUGAUGAAGCCAUUGAAUUGCAAAAUGAAAUGGCUAAGAGGGGUUUAAUCACUAGGCCCAUCCAUUAUGCAGUUCCAAGUGUACAGCCAUGAGGUCUAAUUGUUUAGUCAUCCACAAUUUAGUCAAGCUGUGUGGAAAAUCUGAAUCAGAGGGCAGAGAUCUGCCAUGAUAAAGGAUAAGAGCCUGAGGUAUACCUUGUAGUGAGGAUGCAAACAUAUAUGAGCAGGUUCAUUGAUAAAGGAUGCUUCGAAAGGUCAUUAUUUUAGUGAUGCAAAAUCUGCCACCAGAACAGGUCUCAUUUUGGAGUAAAUUGAACUUUUGGUGCAUCAUGCUUGCCAGAUCAAGUCUUCUAUACUGAUGUCAAGCCUGAAGGCUGACAUGUGAAUCAGAUGGGUUCUGCAGUCCAUUGACGAUAAUGCUUCUUCAGUUCAGCGCAUUGGAGGUGGCCCGAGGGUGUUCCGGUGUGUCUGUAUAUGGGGGAGUAUUGCUGGGAGAGAACCUCCACCGGAUAACAGAAGUCAGGUGCAGGGUGUUCAGCAGGGGCGCACAGCACAGGCCCCUGGGCGAGCCGGCCCGCACAGAGCCAGGCAGACUGCGUGCGGGUAGCCCAGGCGUGCCAGCUCGCACAGCAGGGUGCGCGGCACGCAGGCCAGCACAGCAUGGGCGCGUGGUACGCAGGCCCGGGGCUAGCUAGCCCGCAUAGCAGGGGUGCGUGGUAUGCAAGCCUGCACAGCUGGGGCGCGCGGUAUGCAGGCCCGCACAGCACCCAAACAGACUGCCUGCGCGCGGUCCAAACCCACCAGUAGGCCCAAAAGAUGACACCGGCCUACUACACCAACUCUUUUAAUGGCCUGAGCUGCUGGAAUUUUGACUUCCCUCCAAAAAAUGUCUUGUCACUUUUUUGGAGGGAAAAUUAGCUAUAAAUAGCCCUUGUAAAUUGUGUAAAGUAGAACACUUAAUACAUAUUCAGAUUUUUCACUCUCAAAAACUCUCCAGCACUCUCUUCUCUUCUCUCUACUUCACUCUUCUACAAGUGUGCUUGUUGGCUUGAGGCCUACUGAUUUGCGCGUGCAUACUGUUUGGAAACUGUGUGCGUGUGCGUGUGCCAGCUGACCGGAAAGCAGUGUGCUGCGUGUGGGUGUGUUGAGUGCUUGCUGGGCGAGUGCUGAGUACCAAGGUGGGUUUAUUUGCAUUGCAUCUGCAUAUUGUGUUGUUUCUUGGUCCUUGUGACCUUGAAAAUCAGCUGAUAGGCAUAACUUAGGCUGACUUGGAUUCCGAUAUCGGGAUAAGGGUCGAAUCCAAGGUCGCACGGUUGGGUGAUCUGAAGAACCGUCCCGUGACACAUGCUCCUGGUAGAGCUCCCAGUCUGAUUUUACAUAAUUUCAUAUAUGUCACAGGAAGAAACUUUUAUGAAUUUUUCUUUUAUCUUAUGUUGAAAUGUAAGUAGUUUGAUGAGAGUUUGUUGUUUUAGAACGUCAAGGCCUCUUUCAUCAUUUAAGACAUCUUUUUCUCCAUUAGCAGUAAGAGUUGCUUUUCAGCUGAUCUGUAUCAUGCUUGCUACCAUUGGUUUCAUUUUAUUAAGUUCUUGUCGACAUUGUGUAGGUGAAACUGGAGGUUGAUUCUGAGAGAGCAUACAGUCUUGUAGUCUGUUUGUCAGAGCAGAUAGACAGACUAAGAGCAGAUGAUGCUGUUCUCUUUAUCAGGAAUGAAUGAACAAUAUUCCUUCAUUAUAAUCACUUUGGUUCAAAGCUCCGGCAUUAUGUGCACAAUGGAGACACCCGAGGAGAAAGCUGCCUGCUCGGUAGUUGAUUCCACCGGGAUGAUUUCAGGGGCCUUCUGCUUUGAGCCAUUGAGGACAUCAUACGAAAUUAAAUCACCAAGAUGAUUUAUAUCAUUGUUUGGAAAUUCUUUUGGAUUUGUAUUCUUUACAUAGUUAUGCCAAAUUACAUUUUAAGUUGUAUUUAGUUCCAGAUAAGUGUGAAUGUGCUUCAAAAUAGAGUAAAAUUCCACAUUUUAUGGGUUUUUUUUUUUUUUGUAUCAGAAUAUUUUGUUUGGUUCAAUAUGGGAAAUCCUCUAGUUAAUUAAAUAAGAUUUACCAUUA